AAAAUUUGAUGCACAUCAUAAAGAUAUGAGGGUCUUGGAUUAAGAUAUACGCAUAAACUUUGAUAUUUUUAUAUUUGUGUUUUAGGAGAAACUGUACCAAGAACUAGUGGAAGCUGCGGAGCGUAAUGGAAGUGAAGACUUUGAUUCACAUGUUCUUUUCGAUCUAACCUACCUCGAUUGUGUUUUCAAAGAAGGCCUUCGAAAAUACACAACAAUGGGCUGGCUAGAUAGAAUAGCAAUGGAGGACUACAAAGUAGAUGAUAAAUUGACUAUAGAAGCUGGUACAGCUGUGUACAUCAAUAGUACUGGGAUGCACUACGACCCGAAGUACUUCCCCGACCCUUACAAGUUUGAUCCUGACAGAUUUCUACCAGAAAAUAAAGACAAAAUUGUGCCAUAUUCCUACUUACCGUUUGGAGAAGGACCCAGGUUUUGCAUUGGAAAGAGGUUCGCGUUCAUGACAGUAUAUUUCGGUAUAGCCUCCAUAUUGCUCAAUUACAAGCUCCGACCUUGUCCCAACAUGCCUCGACCUUCAGAUAUUAAAAUCGACUACAGAGGAAUUCUCUAUUUGCCAGGAGAGACACUAAAUGUGGAAUUCAUACCUAGAAAAUAAUUAUAUUACAAUGCAUACCUACAUGUUAUUUUUAAUUUGUUUCAUUUGUUAGAGAAAAUCAUUAGUAUAUUCCGUUUGCAUAAA